GACGAAUCUUUUGAGCAUAGUUAGCCUAUGGUAGGACAAUAUUUACUACAAACAAAUAAAAAGUGCUACAGUGUGCUACAGAAUCCGAUGUCACUCUUUUUAACAUUUUUUGCGGAUCUAAACACAACCACCGUCGUAAUCCAUCCCAUCACCAUUCACGUGAAAUUGUAUUUUGUGAGAGUUUCAAAAGGUGCGUUGUCCAUAGUAAGAGCGCGGACCCACGUGGCUACGGAGACCUUCUGGAUGUCUUGACAUUUUUUAUGUUGACCGGAUUAACAUUCUUUGAACCGGAAAAAAAUCAGAGCAGAGCGCCGCCGCCCGCCGCUGCACAGCACCGCGCUGACCGCGGAGGCAGAGGCGACGGCCAGCAGGCGCCUCCCGGCGAUGGCCGAGCGGCCGCUGCCGCGGCGCUCCGCGGACCACCGGCAUGGCCUUCGCCUUCGCCUCCGCCGGCUCCUCCUCCUGCUCCCGCUCGCCCUCCUCCUCGCGCUCCUCUCGCAGCUCCCCGCGCUCCUCCUCCGCCGCGCCAACUCGCUCGGCCGCCGGUGCCUGCCCGGCGCCCCCGACCGCCUCGUCCGGGACCCGCGCCUCAGCCUCGCCAUCGUAACCCUCGCCGACGACGGCGCGGGCGGGUCGCGCGGGCCGCGGUCCUUCCGCGGCGUGCUGGCGGCCAGCGCGCGGAACAAGCGCGCGUACGCGGCGGCGCGCGGGUACCGCCUCGUCGCGCUCCCCGCGUCCGCCGUCGACCCCGGCCGCCCGCCCAGCUGGAGCAAGGUCCUCGCGCUCCGCGCGCACCUCCGCCGCCACCACUGGCUCUUCUGGAACGACGCGGACACCCUGGUUACUAAUCCAGAAAUCCCGCUGGAGAGAAUUUUGUUCUCAGUGAUAGGACAUAGCGAUUUUGAUGACUCACCUGAUCUUGUUCUGACAGAAGAUUUCGGUGGUGUGAAUGCUGGAGUUUUCUUCAUAAGGAGGUCAAAAUGGAGUGAGAGAUUUCUGGAUACAUGGUGGAACCAGACUUCAUUUAUACAGUUUGGUUCCUCAAAAAGUGGAGACAAUGCAGCACUCAAGCAUCUAAUUCAUCACUUAUCAUCUGAAGAAAUGCAAGCGCAUGUUCGAAUAGCAAAAAUGCAGUGCCUCUUCAAUUCUUACCCUUGGGUCCUCACAUGGAAGUCGGCCCACCGCCUCAUCUUCCACCUGCCCACUACAUGGAAAGGGGCUUAUUCAGAUGGAGACUUCAUGAUUCAUUUUGCUGGUUUGGAUGACAAGCAAGGUUGGAUAAAUAAGAUUGUUGGAGAGAGAGAGAAACUUGUAUAGAUAUGGUCAUAUGGACAUAUGGUACAGCACGCGCCAGGUUGCCAUGGUCAGUAGUCAAAAUUGUGGCACCUGCAAGGUCAAACCGGGCAGCCAGAAGAUAUAUUUCCAUGGUCAGUAUUUCAAACAGAGUGCCAGGAUGCCACUGUAUAUAAAAACUUAAAGGCAGUGUCAACUACAUUAUCUACCUAGGCUGCGUUGACUUCCUGUCGCCCGCAUGGAGGAGUCAACUUCAGCAUCUGAUAACAGAACUAGCUAGACAAGAGAAUAGGUUUUGUGUAACAGGCUAAGCAGUUCCCAUGUUGUACAUUGUUUCAUUAUAACUGUCAGUAUUGAUUGCUCGACAAGCACUCAAGCAGUACAGGCGACCUUGUUUCUCCAAAACCCUUACUGCCACUAAACGGUAAACGCCAAUAUAUAUUUCUAUCUUAUACUUGAA